UCAAAUAAAAACAAGAAAAAUAAAUAAAUAAAAUCUAUCUGGCAGUCCAAACAAAUGCAAUGACGUAACUUAACCCUACCGAUCCCGAUAGGCUAGAAAAUAAAACGAUUUAAACUAACCAAUUGUUAAAUGCAAAAUCGACCAAUGACGGAACGUAUUAAUCGAAUUAGAAUAUUAAUUAAGUUUAAAUACACCAAUAAGAAGUGGUAAGACAUUUUAAAAGUCGUUUCCCGCGAAAUUCAUACGCCAUGAGCUCGGGAAGGAAUUCGAGGCCAGAAAGCGAUGUUUGCAGGAAGAAAAUUGUCAAAGGAUCGCUUCAGAGGAUGGACUUCAGCACAGAAAGGCUCAUGAUACCUUCAGGGAAGAGAUUAUCGGAUAACGAAGGCAAGGGCACAUCAGUCAAGAGGAUAGUGGCACGUAAACAAAGGGAAUUGCCAUCGAGUAAUACGCCAUCUUCCCUCUUUAUUAUAGUUUUAAGCUUUAUAAGUAAGAAUAUACAACACGUGGAGUCAUUAAAAGGUUAUCCAGAGUAUUUUGGGAAGAUCCUCUUUCAGGCUGCCAUUCUCCUCAAGAAAUUCACCAUUUCUUACUACACUACCCCGCAGUCUAAGAGUAUUAGUUACAAUUUACAGCUCUUCAUGUCUGCUUACAAAGAGCAAGUGCUAUCCAGUCUGAGUAUCUGCAACGGUCUCCUCACCAUCAACGAGUAUCUGAUGCCUCUCAUGCUGCUCACUCGGUUUGUCACCGAGCUGCAGCUGACCGGAUGCCAUUUGGGCGACAACCAUGAUCUCAUCGAUCACAUAAAGCAGUUGAAAAGUUUGAGGAGAUUAGGAUUAAAGGACAAUUGUCUCACCAAUGAAGCAAUUCGUAAAUUAAGUCUUCCAUUUAGAGUCAUGGGCAAGGGAACAUCAAAUCUGCAGGAGAUCGAUAUUUCUUGUAAUCCUUUGAUAACCAAGAAAGCAGUCUUUUGGCUGUCACUGUUUAUAAAUUUAAAGAUGAUAAAUAUUGCCUGUACGGGAAUUAAUGAGGAAAACUUGAAAUUAAUAAGAGAUAAAUAUGGAUUUACCAAGAUGCACGUUAUUUUCAAUCCCAUAAAGACUGUUGGCUGGGCCGACAGUCUAAUAUCACACUGGAUCGAGGAGACGCAGAAGUCCCCGAGAAGCCGAGAAGAUCCGCCAAUGCUGAGUGGUUUUUUUUCGGUUAGGAGACGGCCUUCUAGUUUUCCAUACUGUUCUCACCAUACCUCCGAUCAUGCCAAGCAACUUGUCAUUGUUCGGCCUGGACCGUUUUAGGUGCUGGUCGGAGAAGAAGAAAACCGUGGCCAAAACAAUACGG